UUCUCCUGGUCCUAUUCCAUCGGGACCUCCUCCUCCAAAUAUUGGACAACUACCACCUCCACCACCUCCAAGAAGACCAAGAUUAGCCUCCAUUGAAGUAGGAGACCGCGUUGUAGUUGACGAAUCCCCAAGUGGUCCUGGAUUAGUGGUACGAUCUGAUAAUAACUAUGGUUUCAGAAAAUCACUCCUCCUAUCAGAAGCCAAAGACAUAACCAACACCAACAGAGACAUAAAACCUCUUACUGAUAUCCUCAAAAAAAAUAUAGCAUCCGUCAUACUUUUCGAGCAGAUGCUUCGUAAUAUUCAACAACGUGAUGCAUUGAAACCUCCUGAGGAGCAAGAUAUUGUCAACCAAAACUUUACAAUGCCUAAAUACUUGUAUGAUGCUAACGAUCAGGACUUGCGUAUAUAUAAUUUAUAUAUUGCAUCAUAUGCUAGAUUACUUCACAGGCUGAAGUACGAAGGUUUGCCGGACAUGCCACCUCUACCGCCGUAUCCACAGUUUAUUCGAUUUGAUGAAAGUAAAUAUCCAGGAUUCCUUCCACUUGCAAGAGAAGUAUCUGCAAUUGUUGACAGAAUUCAAUUUAGACAUCAAUAUACUGCAACUGUUCCUUUAAAAUCUGAAAAUGGACCUGGACCAGCAAGGAAAGCAUUAAUCAUUCAAAAGAAUCCAGAUGGUACCCUGGAACAAAUUGCUACACCUGGUGUAGAAAACAUAGAAGAUGAUAGACAAAAUAGGGUUCCUGUGGUUGCUCCAGUGGCUGGACCAUCUCGAAGGGCAUUAUUAAUUCCAAAAUAUCCAUAUACUUCUUAUAAACAAUUGGCCUCACCUGGUGAUGAGAAUAUAGAAGAAGAUAAUCAAUCUACAGAUCCUGUUAUGACCCUAGAAGGGGGUGGAUUGCGCAAAGCUUUAUUCGUUUCUAAAAACCCAGAUGGUACUUUUGAACAAAUAGCAACACCUGGUGUUGAAGGUCCUUCAGCCCGAAAAGCAUUACUUGAUGAAAGAAGCACUUAUGGCAUUUAUAACCAAGAAUCAACACCUGAAGAAGAAACCACUCAAGGGCCAUCAAGAAAAGCAUUGUUAAUUCCAAAAUAUCCAUAUGGUGCUUAUAAACAACAUGCCUCACCUGGUGAUGAGAAUAUAGAAGAAGAUAGUCAAUCUACAGAUCCUGUUAUGACCCUAGUAGGGGGAGGAAUGCGCAAAGCUUUAUUCGUUUCCAAAAAUCCAGAUGGUACUUUUGAGCAAAUUGCCACACCUGGUGUUGAAGGUCCUUCAGCCCGUAAAGCAUUGCUUGAUGAAAGAAGCACUGAUGGCCUUUAUAACCAAUUUUCAACCCCUGAAGAAGAAACCACUCAAGAACCAUCAAGAAAAGCAUUGUUAAUUCCAAAAUAUCCACGUGGUGCUUAUAAACAACAUGCCUCACCUGGUGAUGAGAAUAUAGAAGAAAAUAGUCAGUCUACAGAUCCUGUUAUGACCCUAGAAGGGGGAGGGUUGCGCAAAGCUUUAUUCAUUUCCAAAAAUCCAGAUGGUACUUUUGAGCAAGUUGCCACACCUGGUGUGGAAGGUCCUUCAGCCCGUAAAGCAUUUUUGGAUGAAAGAAGUGCACAUGGCAUUUAUAACCAAUUUUCAACACCUGCAGAAGAAACCACGCAAGGGCCAUCAAGAAAAGCAUUGUUAAUUCCAAAAUAUCCACGUGGUGCUUAUAAACAACAUGCCUCACCUGGUGAUGAGAAUGUAGAAGAAGAUAGUCAAUCUACAGAUCCUGUUAUGACCCUAGAAGGGGGAGGAUUGCGCAAAGCUUUAUUCGUUUCCAAAAACCCAGAUGGUACUUUUGAACAAAUAGCAACACCUGGUGUAGAAGGUCCUUCAGCCCGAAAAGCAUUGCUUGAUGAAAGAAGUGCACAUGGUAUUUAUAAUCAAUUUUCAACACCUGAAGAAGAACCCACUCAAGGGCCAUCUCGAAAAGCAUUGUUAAUUCCAAAAUAUCCACGUGGUGCUUAUAAACAACAUGCCUCACCUGGUGAUGAGAAUAUAGAAGAAGAUAGUCAAUCUACAGUUCCUGUUGAUGCCUCAGAAGGAGGAACAUCCCGCAAAGCAUUAUUUAUUAGCAAAAAUCCAGAUGGUACCUUUGAGCAAAUUGCCACACCAGGUGUUGAAGGUCCUUCAGCCCGUAAAGCAUUACCUGAUGAAAGAAGUGCACAUGGUAUUUAUAAUCAAUUUUCAACACCUGAAGAAGAAACCACCCAAGGGCCAUUAAGAAAACCAUUGUUUAUUCAAAAAGAUCCAAAUGGAGGUUAUUCUCAAAUUGCUACACCUGGAGUUGAGAAUAUAGAAGAAGGCAGUAAACCUAUAAUUUCUGGGGAUGCCCCAGAAAGUGGAACAUCCCGUAAAGCACUAUUUAUUAGCAAAAACCCAGAUGGUACCUUCGAGCAAAUUGCCACACCUGGUGUUGAAGGUCCUUCGGCCCGUAAAGCAUUUUUGGAUAAAAGAAGUGCACAUGGCAUUUAUAACCAAUUUUCAACCCCUGAAGAAGAACCCACCCAAGGGCCAUCAAGAAAAGCAUUGUUAAUUUCAAAAUAUCCACGUGGUGCUUAUAAACAACAUACAUCACGUGGUAAUGAGAAUAUAGAAGAAGAUAGUCAACCUACAGAUCCUGUUAUUACCUUAGAAGGGGGUGGAUUGCGCAAAGCUUUAUUCGUUUCCAAAAACCCAGAUGGUACCUUUGAGCAAAUUGCAACACCUGGUGUGGAAGGUCCUUCAGCCCGUAAAGCAUUUUUGGAUGAAAGAAGUGCACAUGGCAUUUAUAACCAAUUUUCAACACCUGGAGAAGAAACCACUCAAGGGCCAUCUCGAAAAGCAUUGUUAAUUCCAAAAUAUCCACGUGGUGCUUAUAAACAACAUGCAUCACCUGGUGAUGAGAAUAUAGAAGAAGAUAGUCAAUCUACAGAUCCUGUUAUGACCCUAGAAGGAGGAGGAUUGCGCAAAGCUUUAUUCGUUUCCAAAAACCCAGAUGGUACUUUUGAACAAAUAGCAACACCUGGUGUGGAAGGUCCUUCAGCCCGAAAAGCAUUGCUUGAUGAAAGAAGUGCACAUGGUAUUUAUAAUCAAUUUUCAACACCUGAAGAAGAAACCACCCAAGGGCCAUCAAGAAAAGCAUUGCUUAUUCAAAAAGAUCCAAAUGGAGGUUAUGCCCAAUUUGCCACACCAGGUGUAGAGAACAUAGAAGAAGGUAGUAAACCUAUAAUUCCUGGUGAUACCCCAGAGAGUGGAACAUCCCGUAAAGCAUUAUUUAUUAGUAAAAACCCAGAUGGUACCUUUGAACAAAUUGCCACACCUGGUGUGGAAGGUCCUUCAGCCCGUAAAGCAUUGCUUGAUGAAAGAAGCCCUCAUGGUAUUUAUAACCAAUUUUCAACACCUGAAGAAGAAACCACCCAAAGGCCAUCAAGAAAAGCAUUGUUAAUUCCAAAAUAUCCACGUGGUGCUUAUAAACAACAUGCCUCACCUGGUGAUGAGAAUAUAGAAGAAGAUAGUCAGUCUACAGAUCCUGUUAUUACCCAAAGAAGGGGAGGAUUGCGUAAAGCUUUAUUCAUUUCCAAAAAUCCAGCUGGUACUUUUGAACAAAUAGCAACACCUGGUGUGGAAGGACCAUUACAAAAAGCAUUCUUUAUCCAAAGGAAUCCUAAUGGCGGUUAUACCCAAUAUGUCACACCUGGAGUUGAAAACAAACCACAAGAAACAAAUAUUCUAAUUAACCAAAAUAAUCGUGAGGGUACCAUGGAGCAAAUUGCAACACCUGGUUUUGAAGCUACUACAGAAUACCAACCUUUAAGAUCCAUUGUUUAUGCAGAGGGUGGACAAUCAGGUGGAGCUUACGCUGUUGGUUCAUCAGCAUACCCUACAUCUCGCAAGGCAGUGUUUAUUACCAAGAAUGCAGAUGGUAGUUAUACAGAAACAUAUUCACCGGGUACAUCUGUUGAAGUCCAAUCACCUGAAGAAAUUAGUUCUUCGGUACAAUUUGUACCUGAAAAGAGAAAAGGUAUAUUUAGAGAUGGUGGAAGAGCAAUGUUGGGUUACAAAUAUCAAGGAGGUCCGAUUACCCAAAUUGCAACCCCUGAAGAAAAGGGUUCUUCAACAGAAAGCGUAUCUGGAACCCAAUUUGGCACAUCUGAAGAUGGAUCAGUGCGUAUCAGAUAUUAUUUUAAAAGAAAUCCAGAUGGUACCUUGGUGAAUAUAGGAUCAUCUGGAGUUGAUGGAACCUUAGGGUUAAAUCCUCCAAUUUUGAAUAUCAAAACAAAUGAUGGAAAUACCAUAUUGGGUUACAAAUAUCAAGAGAGCCCUAUUACCCAAAUUGCAACAACUGAAGAAAAUGGUCCUUCAACAGAAAUCCACUCUGGCAACCAAUUUGUUAAAUCUGAUGAUAGAUCAGUGCGUACAACAUAUUAUUUUAAAAGACAUCCUGACGGAACCUUAGAAAAACUAAGUACAUUGGGAGAUGUCAAAGCAGAAGGUGGAAAAACAACUUUGAGUUACAAAUAUCCAGGAGGUCCUAUAACCCAAAUUGCAACAACUGAAGAAGAUGAUCCUUCGGUAGAAAUUUCAUCUGGAAAUCCACUUGGAAAAUUAGAAACUGGAUCAGUGCGUACCAGAUAUUAUUUUAAAAGGAAUCCAGAUGGUACCUUGGUAAAUCUUGGAUCAUAUGGGGUUGAUGGAACUUUAGGGUUAAAUUCUCCAAUUUUGAAUAUCAAAACUCAAGGUGAAAAUACAAGACUUGUUUAUAAGCAACCAAACCCAAUUUAUGAACAAAAUGAUACCGGAAAUAUCCAACUUAAAACAUCAAGUGAUUCAUCACGUAAGGGAUUGUUUAUCUACAAAAACCCAGAUGGAUCUGCUAUCCAAAUAAACAUACCUGAAAUACACGCUACAUCAGAAUACAAACCCAGAACAUAUUAUCUCGUUAGAAAUCCAGAUGGAACUUCUAAAAUCCAAAGUUCACUUGAUAUUUCUUUUCAAACAAGUACUCCAGAAAAGGUCUACCGAAAACUAAUAAACCCUAAACAUCUAACCAUUGACAGAAAUUACAGGGAUUCUGAAUUUCAAUUUCAACCACCAGUAGACAACAAGAUUUAUGCCAGAGUUGACGAACCAAUUAUUCAGUAUCAGUCAGAUUUUGAUAAAUAUUUCUCUCAACGCAAAGCCAAUUCUCAAAUACCCCAAGAAGAAGAAAACGAAGACGCAGAAUUCGAUGACUACACCAACGACAAAAUAGAACCAGUCUCACAAACAUUCCGCAAAUUCUCCGAUUACGACAAUUUUGAUCUUGAUUUUGAAAACGACAAAAAAGUCAACUCUCAAGGCAGAACCCUACAAACCUCUUCUAAAUUACCCAAAACCAAUCUUCAGGAAUCCACCAAACUCCUUGAAGCCCUAGAACUUGACUUUAAACUAAAAAUGGACCAAAUCGAGCUAGACCAGAGAUCCCUACCAGCAGACAGACAACCACUACACUACAAACCAUUCAAAAAACCAACCUACGACCCGAACGGAGAUAAGAAUUUAAUAAACAGUGUCAUAGCAUUAUUAACCAGUGAUUCAUACAGACAACAUGGAGAGGACAUAGUAAAAAUACCAGCAGUACCACUACUGUUGUUAAAGGACACACCUGAAGAAGAUAAUGUGGUGAGACAACUCAAACCGUUAGUUGAUAAAAUCCUACAACUACGUAGGUUAAUACGUGGACCAGAAUCUGUUAACCUAGAUAAAAUUAUUCAUUCAGAACAAUUGUCAGAUACCCAACGGAAAUUCCAUCACUGGUGUUAAACAAAUUUAAUUACUGCGUUUCAAUUAUAAUCACUUAAUAAUUACUCGAUUAAUUGGACUCAAUUAUAAACCAAUUAUAUUUUACGAAUUAACAAUGUGCAAUUGUUUUGGUUACGAUUAUUUUUAAUCAUAAAAUUAAUUGAACCGUUGUAUAAAUAUAAGAUUUUGAAUAUGGCACACCUUAUUAAUACUUUUAUUACCACAAAAUGGGUACCUUUACAUUAUGGUCACUUUUCUUCUGUUUUGUUUUUAUUAUUGGUUGUAGUCAGAGUCAAGCUGAGGAGGGAAUUGUGGAUUAUGAGAACUUUCCAGUGGCACCUCCAGCUUUUCCAGCUGGACGUGGAAGGCAUAGAUGUCAUCAUAAGAAACGAAAAGAGUUAUUGGAUGCAAAAGAUGAACAGUUUUUAGUUGGACAUUUGAGAAAGAAUAGAGCAGGUCAAAGACCAGGUAAACCAACAGCUGGUGAUAUAAUCCUGGAUAAACUAAUGGACAUACCUGGUUAUCUUGUUAACAAAGCCGUACCUUACAUCGCUGGGUUUCUAACUGCCUUAAGUCAAGUCGGAGCUAAGCGGAAGUCAUUCCUACCAUCAGAUUCCAUGCAAUCUGAAACAAUUUCUCAAGUUAUGCUUGAUGAAUUUAAAAAAUACAUAAAGUCAGAAAUCAAAGGUCUACAGUAUGAUUUUCAAGGUAUAGACCUCAAUAAUCUUCAGGGUAAUGUUGUAUGCAAAACUGUUUUGUUGAAUUCUGAUCAAAACUAAUAAACUCAUGGUACCCACAAUAAAAA